GUGUGCCAGGUGAUCUAGAAUCGUAGAGGAAUAUCGUUUCACGUCGUGAACAUUUCAGUGAAAUUGAUCGGUAAAGAGAUUUCACCUCGAAAGCAUCGAACGGUCGGGAGAGAAUGUUGGCUUGUCCCAUAUCCGCACUUUUGGCGGCAGUUUCAAACGUAGCGUCGAUUCCCUAGUGUACCGUAGAAAAGAAAUCUAGUUAAAUCGGUGGUAAAUAAUUAAAUUCAACGUCUAGUUUUCUCUCGAAUAAUAUCUGAAUCACGUUUGAAAAAGAAAAACAGAUUUUCAACGACACCAGGCGGACGUAUCGGGGAAAGAAGGAGGGCAUAGAUUGUCGACCGCGAUCACUGGCUACGUAGUGCGCGCGCGCGUACAACGCUGGACGCUCGUAUGCGUAUGUCGUGUUUGUAAAACGCGUUCGAUCGAACUUAUUUUUGAAUGAACAUCGAACGAUGUAUUUAUUGUUCCGUCGACGUAUUAUUACAAAAAUUUCGUAGUUUAUAAACACAAGCCCGUCGAAAUAAUUCGUUGCGUCGUAUAAUGGCCGCCUCGAAAACUAACAGCUGAGACGAAGAGAUGAAGAAACAGGAAGCGUAGCGGCGUUGAAAAGGGUGCAUUUCUCUGGUCGACGAGGGGGAAUAAGGCAUCGACGAGAGGGCAGACUGGUGUUUCCGUAGUGAAGCACGUGCUGGUUCGCGAGUUAGGUGGAGUCCCAUGUGCAAAGUGGGUGGAGGCUGAAUCGUCAGGCUGCCAGCCUUCCCCGUUAUCGCAGAUUAAACGCUCGCGAGGCGAGCGUUUUUACCUAUCGUUUACUGAAGGGUCAACCGGAUUCUGUAUAGCGAAGAAUGGAUUCCUAGCAUAGAGGUGUUUCCACGUAAAGUUAGCGUUGACGUCGUCUCGUUGUUUGUGUUGGAAAGGAAUAUUCGAGGAAUAUUGUCAUCAUGAAGCGAAGCGUAGAUGGAAGAAAUAUCAACCAGGAGGAGAUCGAAGAUCAUGACCCCCUGCAAGUGCAACAGCAACAAGAGGAAGCCGAACAGCAACAGCAGCAAAUGGAACAACAAACUGCCCAACCUCAGAUUCGAUUCCUAAGUGCGAACGUUCUGCAACAGCUGCAGCAGCAGCAGGACGUUCAACAGCAAGCGCAGCAGCAACAACAGCCGCAAGUCAUUACGUUGCAGCAAUUGCAAAAUUUUGUGCCUUUACAAACUCAACAACCGCAACACGAUCAGCAACGAGCACAGACAAUCUCUGUGCAGUCUCUGCCGCAGCAGUUCUUACAGGGUGCUCAACUGAUAAGCACUCAAGCUCAAGCUGCCCUUCAACAACAACAGCAACAAUCUCAGCAGCAGCAGGCGCAACAGUCACAGCAGCCGCAACAGCAGCAGCUUAGUUAUAGCGUUAUACCACAGAUGCAAACUGUAAAUAUAGAUGGUCAAGAAGCACUUUUUAUUCCUUCUUCCGCCAUGUCUGCUGCGAGCCAUCAUCAAAGUCAGCCCACCAUGCAAUUCGCUACUGCUAACGGACAGCAAGUUCAACUUGCCAGUCAGCAAGUACAGUUGGCUAACGGGCAAACCAUCAUCACGCCUCAACCAGUUAGUUUAAUAAGAGCACCUAAUGUCUUUCCUACUUCUAUCAUACAAAAUAUUACUGGACAAACCGUUCAGCUACCAACAGGGCAAAGCGUGCAAGUUAGACCGCUUCAAUUUCCUAUGCAACAUGUACAGCAAACUGUCCCUGUACAAGUACCAGUUACUGCUAGUAACGGUCAAACUGUAUAUCAGACUGUUCAUUUUCCUGUUCAAGCGCUGUCCAGUGUUUUCAAUGUGCCUACCACACAGAUGAUACCACAGAUUACCCAACAAAUUCCACAAAUGGCUCAAAUCAUCACACCGAAUGGACAAAUACAGCAGGUCCAAAUUGCCAACAUACCACAGCUUCAAAGUUUACAGAGUCAACAAGUGACGCAGGUAGCUCAACAAGUUGCUCAACAGCAAGCGCAACAGCAAGUAGUUCAGCAGCAAGCACAGACACAAGUAGUACAGUCUGUGCAACAGCAACAGCAAGCAGCUCAAGCCCAAGCGCAGCAGCAGCAGCAGCAGCAACAACAGCAGCAGCAGCAGGUGCAACAAGUUGUUCAACAAGUCAUACAACAACAACAGCAGCAGCAGCAGCAGCAACAAGUUCAGCAGGCACAGCAGCAAUCAUCCACACCAUCGUCGACUAUAGCCACAUGGAGUACAACCGUAUCAACUCCAAGCAAUGUUCAGGUACUUGGUAUCGGUGCGCUUGGAAGAUCAGUUGCGGGUAAUGGAAGCGUAAUCACGACAAAGGAUGGGCAGAAAAUCGAUGUGCAAACGUUAUCAGCUUUAACGAGACCACCGGAAGCUGUCGAGGGGGAUAUAAAAGUAACUAGCAUCGAUGCAAGACAAUUAGCUAGCGGUCAAGUUAUACAUAUUCCCACUGCUCAGUCGACACAGUCCGCUGUCCAACCUAUUACCAUCGCAGGGGCACAAGCGCAACAGCUAACUUUAAUCCCAGCCUCCGCGUUAGCAAAUUUAACCGCCCAGCAAGGUAACAUGAUGAGGGGCGUUGGUAGCGGAGGCAUAAUGCAACUUCAACCUGCCGGCGGAAUAAACGCGACAAACGGUUUUCUUCAGUCGAUACCCGUGCAAAAUAUUCCAGGCUUGGGUAACGUCCAAGUUAUACCCGCGAGCGCCCUUCAGCCUGCUACCGUUCAAACUUUACCCGCGACAGCGGGCGCGCCCAUCGUAGCUGCACCAACAGUGCAAUUAGAUUCGAACGAUCCAACGAAAUGGCAGAUUCUGCAGACUCUUCAAUCUAACAAUACUUUAUCGACCCCUGCUCCGAUUUCUCAUCAGCAUCAAAUAAAUACCACACCGUCUACGAACAUUGAAACUGAUUCCAACAAGCAGCAUCGUAGAAGAGUCGCUUGCACUUGUCCAAAUUGUGGUGAUGGUGAUAGGAACAGAGAUAUGACCAGGAAACGGCAACACGUUUGCCACAUAGCUGGGUGUAACAAAGUAUAUGGAAAAACGAGCCACCUUCGAGCUCAUUUGAGGUGGCACACCGGAGAGCGACCGUUCGUUUGUAGUUGGAUAUUUUGCGGUAAGAAAUUCACUAGGUCCGACGAACUUCAGAGGCAUCGCAGAACCCAUACAGGAGAGAAAAGGUUCCAGUGUCCUGAGUGUACGAAGAAAUUCAUGCGAUCGGAUCAUUUGACGAAACACAUAAAGACACACACGAAGAUUCGAAGUACGGAAGCAGCUACUUCCACGCAAGAAGGUUCUUCCGACAGUCAGUCUUCUACAGAAGAAAAAAUUAUUAUUGCUCUUCACAAAGAUACAGAGCAAACCGACAUGGUGAUUUCGGAGCCAAUUGACGAUAUAAAACCUCAAACUGGGAAUCAUGUAACGGGUUCGUCUGCCACGGAGAACUUAGGAGUAAAUGUUGGUUGAACGUUGAUUGUUGGCGUUACGUUACGACAUCGGUGGAAGAUUAAAUUUAUUAAUAAUCGUAACGUUGCAUUGUUUACGGCAGUUAGUAAGAGUUAUUGCAAUUAUUUUCUGCGACUAAGCGAAAGAGAGAAGGAAACAUUCUACAGGGAUUAUCAUAGCUCAUAGCGCAUAAUCUAUUUUUGUACUGAAAAGAUGAAAUCUGUAAAUAUGUACAUAAUUGUAUAUUACUGUAAAAAAAAAAACACUUUUACACAAAAUGAAUUUUA